AUGCAUCCGUACGGCGGAACGCCCAUCUGUCCACGAUGUAACAAAGCGGUUUACGCCGCGGAGCAGGUGAUGGGCCCGGGGAGAAAGCUGUAUCAUAAGCCUUGUCUAUCAUGUAUGAUCUGCAAGAAACGGCUUGACUCGUACAACCUUGUGGAACACAAUCAUGAAGUAUGCUUUCCAUCCCUGCCGGCGGAAACGUUCGAUUGA